CUGGUGAUCGAUCACAUUGAUGGUCUUUAGUGCUCCAUGUUUUUGUUUCUGCUAAAGAAUGAUGCCACCUAAUGUCACCAUUGACGCAUCACGUACUCUGACUCAUCGUCCAAUCAGAGACAACGCUCUGCCUCGUUUCAUUUGAGUGACAGAACUUCCAGCCAACGGGCUGUGCGCCUGCGCAGGCGGCAUCGUUGUCGGGGGCGGGGCGAGGCACAGCGGAACAAAAUGGCGGCCGUGGCUGCAGAGCCAGCAGCUGCUGCGGUUCUGAUAACAACAAUAACCGCGGCGACGGACGAAGAGGGCUCGGUAGAACCGGGUCCGGUUGGACCGGGACUAACAGGAGACCCGCUGGAGACCGACGGGUUACGGGAGACCGGUCCGGUCGUGCAGCUGGUCCGGGUGGAGGAUGAUGGUGUGGAGGAGCACCGCCAUGUCAGGCCGGAGAUGGAGUCCUCUGAGACCGGAGGUAACGAUGAACACACCGGUAGCCCCACGGUGGACCGGUUCAGUACCGGAGUACCAGGAGAUCCAGAGGUUUACCGGAGCAUCCUGCAGCCUUCUGCCGUCUUUCUGCACUCAUUCCCGGAUCCCCCGCCCGUCACAGAGGCCGGUUUGUCUCUGGCGGAACCAUUGGAACCGAGCACCAAUGUGACUACGGACCGAGAUUACAGGGCUCUGGUCCAACCGGAAGACGCCAUGUUGGACCCAGAGACAGACCCUGGUACAAACUCAGCGGGCCUGAUGACGGAAACCGUGAAGCAGGAGAAACCUAUUGAGGAGGACUUCUCUAGACCUGGUCCUGGUCCCGGUCUCGGUGCCCAGGACCUCACUCCCGGGUCUGAAGUCCGGGUCUCCCUGGAUCACGUCAUCGAUGACGCGCUGGUGGUGUCCUUCCGGUUGGGGGAGAAGGUUUUCUCCGGAGUGCUGAUGGAUGUUUCAAAAAGGUUCGGACCAUACGGUAUCCCCAUCACGGUGUUCCCCAGACGGGACAACCAGAGUCGACCUCCGAUAUCUGUGCAGUCACCGCCGGCUACCGUCGUCGACCCGUCCACCAAACAGGAAGAGGUCUCUGUGACACCACCCCCUCCCCAGCCUCUGCCCUGGACCUCGAAACCGCCGCCCCUGUUCCAGGAUGGGGCGGCGUACCCGCCUCCGCUGUUCAUCAGGGACACCUACAACCAGGCCUUACCUCAGCCGCUGCCACGCAAGAUCAAACGGCCAAAGCGGCGCUACCGCUGUGAGGAGCCAACCUCCAUCAUGAACGCCAUCAAGCUCCGCCCCCGCCAGGUGCUCUGUGACAAGUGCAAAGGUGUGGUGGCGUCGGGGGGGCACAGGGAGUCCCGGCGGGGCCCGGCGGAUCUGAGGAGCGAGGAGGCGUCACGGCGACGGCGACCGGCCGAGGGACCGAUCUCCUCUGAGGUCAAACGGCUGAGAAGUGACGACAAGGGAGGACGUCCUGCAGACAGACGCUCAUCAUCAGGGAUACGUGUGUCAUCUUCCUCUUCCUCUCGCCGUGUCCUGAGGGGCGUGGCUUCAUCUUCAUCCUCACCAUCAUCCAGCCGCAUGUGUCUGAAGCUGAACCCCAAGAAGAUUCUGGCCAAAGGUUCGGCCAUCGACUCCUCUGAAGCUCGGCAGGUUCUCAAGAAACUCGCGAGGAGUUCACAGCCGCAGACACCUCGCCGACCCAAAGACCAGAACCAGGACCAGGACCGUACCAAGGCCGUAACCAGAGCAGCUGCCCUGCAGAACCACAACCAGAAGGUGCACUUCACUCGCCGCCUACAGCAUCUCGGUGGCGCCGCCGUCAGCUCGAGCUCCCACGUGGCGCUUCCACCCAGGAUGCGCCUCAAACCCCAAAGGUAUCGUACCGACGACAGCCAGGAGUCCUCGUCUAAACAGAGUGCUCGCUCAUCGCCUCCCAAACUUGCUUCAAGCCCCGCCCCCACACCCAACCCAGAUCUGCCCCAAGACCCGUCGCAAGCUCCGCCCCCUCCCUCAACCACAGCAUGUCCUCCAACACCCCCCUCCACCUCCUGCACCAUCAAACUGGAGGUGCAGGAUGUCCGCCCCUCCCCUGAGCAGGUAGUAGAGGCUCCUCCCCCCUGCUCCUCCAGCUCCUCCUCCUCCUUGGACUCCUCCCACUCAGAGUGCAGCUCCACAGAGACUUUUGACCUCCCCCCUCCUGGAGACCCACCCUCCUCCUCUCCCACUACCCCUCCCCCCCGAGCCGGCGGUCAGGAGGAGGAGGAAGAGGAGGAAGGUGAAUUGAAGAGGCGUAGGAAGUCCUCCACCUCCUCUUCGUCCUCUUCGUCCUCCUCGUCUUCGUCCGUCUUCUCUAAGUUAGUCUCUAAAUGUUCGCUCCCUGACGGUCGGACCGUUUGCGUCGGCGACAUCGUCUGGGCGAAGAUCUACGGUUUCCCGUGGUGGCCGGCUCGCGUCCUCGGCAUCACGGUGUCUCGUCGAGGAGACACGGGUCUGUCGGUGAGGCAGGAGGCUCGUGUCUCCUGGUUCGGGUCGCCCACCACCUCCUUCCUGCCUCUCACCCACUUGUCUCCUUUUCUCGAGAGCUUCCAGUCUCGCUUCGACAGGAAGAGGAAGGGCCCGUACCGCCGCGCCAUUGCCGAGGCCGCCAGCGCCGCCAAACAACUCACGCCUGAAGUCCGGGCGCUGCUCACCCAGUUUGAGACGUAGCAUCAGCUGCUAAUGC